AUGUUCAAGCGUGGCUCGUCCAAGGAGCGCAGCUCCACGAGGAAGGUUACGCCGCCUUCCCCAAGCUAUAUGUCGAACGACCAGUUUGCCAAAUACCUUGCAGAUCUGAGGACCAACCGAGUCAAUCGCCCAGGCGGUGCCAGACCCCAACCCCAGCCAGAAAGCAUCCGCAGCGACUCCAAGCGUCUGUCUGGAGGUCGCCCAUCUCUGGCGGCUUCUGUCGUCUCCGAGACCUCGUCUCUGCACCAAAGGAGCCAGUCCGAAAUGCCCAGUCCUUACAUACGCCCUUCCAUCUCAGCCAGCGUUUCCUCAAGAUACUCAACCAUGAGCGGGGCUGGCCGUGACUACUACCCUGAGAGACCCUCUGCACCGCCUCUGAAGCCAGGCGAGGUUGUGCCAAGCUCGACUUAUAUCGAGCGAGGCCAGAGAUGGAUGGAGAAAGAGGAGGCAUACUCCCUGCGCCAAGCCAUGGAGGACAUGGAUGUCAAGGACAAGCCCGAAGAGGACGAGAGCCUCUAUCAGGCUGCUCUCGACGAGGCGUCCGAGCUUGUCUGGCAGCACCAGAACGGCGUCAAGUUGCCCAAGCCUGGCGCACCAUACCGCUACAAGCAGCAUCUCCGCAAGAAUAGUUAUGCCCACGCCCGUACGGCGAGCGUUGGCAGAUAUGGAGAUGAUAUCGAACCGAGCGGCCUCGCCAGAGAUCCCGGUUCGCGGUCAGUGUCCGGAAGCUCGACCUCUAGUGAUGGACUCGGCACGCGUCGAAGCCGGGUUUCUUUGGGUUCUGGCAACCCUGAUAGUGCCCGUACUAGCCUUGAGCAAGGAAGGAAGACGUCGUCGGAAUCAGCCCGCAACAAACCCUACGCCGGUAUCACUGGUGGCCCUCGUCCCAUGGCUGUGCAGGGUUCCCGUCGUCGCAGCAGCAUGAAGCGCAACAUCAGCGGCGAAGUGCAGCGUCCAUUCUCGGGCGAUCAGAUCUACGAAGAACCCGAGGGCUCAUCCCCGGCUAGGCCACCACCUGUCGCAGAAGCUGCUGAGGUGGUUCAGCCCCUGCGCAUCAAAGCAAAGAAUCCCUUGAACAGGGUUCAGUUCGCGUCGGCAGCGCCGCCUUCUCCUGAGACUCCACCCUCGAACAUCUCAAAGAUGGUGUCCAAGUUUGAGAUCCAUCGGAACCCGCCUUCACAGUCUCGAAACCCCCAAUACACCACAAACUCCCCGUCGGAGCGUCCUUCUUCUAGGGAAGCGACGCCGACGAAGCACGGGAUGGAGAUCCGCGGCGAUGAUAUCAAAGAAGCUACGAGCAUGAAGCUGAAAGACCGCAGCACCAAGCUCCCGACUCCAUCCUACGUCAGUGACAACCCAGGUCGUCCAAUCGUAAGCUUUGACAACAACUGGAAAGCGCCGGAGGAGGCAACUGAUGAGAAGGUAGACUCCCGAAAGAGCGGUGCAGUCGGGACCAACCGGGUCCCUGAAAUCCGUCAAGCCCCGUCAAUCCCUUCUAUCACAAUUAUGGAGGAUCCUAAACCGGCGGCCCCGUCGUCCUCGCAGCCCUCGCACCGCAACCGCCCGCCCCCUGUUCAAGUAAACUCUGUCACUAUCCCGAGCAUAUCAGUGUCAGACCCCGAGCCCUCUAUUCCCAGCAUCUCUGUUUCCGAGGCGAAGCCACCGAUCCCUACCAUAUGUCUACCUGAUGGGCCUGAUGACGGGCCGGGCAUCCCUAUGAUCAUCACGCCUGACGACGAACCUAGUAAUGGGCCUCAAGUGCCAGCCAUUGUGACACCGGACGAUGAGCAGAAGACGCCUGCUCAGAGACCGCUCCCGACUCCUGGCUCGGGAGGCGCACGUCGGGCCCUACCAAGACCAAGGGCUCACUGGUCCCCUGCUCAGCAGCCCAUCGGCAGCAGGGCCACUGCUUGUUGCCAUGAGUGCGGAUUCCCCAUCGAGGGACGCUUCGUCGGUCUCGCGGGCGUAUCGGCACGCUUCCACCCCCAAUGCUUCAGCUGCUACACCUGCGGCACUUCCCUAGAGGCCCUGGAGAUCUCCCCGGAGCCCGACGUCCACCGCGCGGCGCGCCUCGACCGGAUCCGCCGGCGGGCGCACGGGGAGGUCCUGCCCGAGGAGCCGGGCCAGACGAUGGCCGAGGACGGCGACGAGCGCCUGCGCUUCUACUGCCACCUCGACUGGCACGAGCUCUUCGCGCCGCGCUGCAAGCACUGCACGACGCCCAUCAUCGGCGAGCACGUCGUGGCGCUCGGCCGCCACUGGCACUACGGCCACUUCUUCUGCGCCGAGUGCGGCGACCCCUUCGGCCCGGGCCAGACGCACAUCGAGAAGGACGGGUACGCCUGGUGCGUCGGCUGCCAGGCCCGCCGCACCGAGCGCCGCGCGCCCAAGUGCCGCGCCUGCCGGGCCGCCGUCAUCGGGCAGUACGUCCAGGCGCUCGGCGGCGAGUGGCACGACGAGUGCUUCCGGUGCGCCACGUGCGGCGGCGGGUUCGACGACGGGCAGGUCUUCCCCCGGGAGGGGAAGGAGGGAAGGAUGCAGAUCCUGUGUACGGGGUGCCGGGAGAGGGAGCUCAAGGCGUGA